AUGGCAUCAAAGCGUCACUUUAGCAUCUCCAAAGCGGGUUUGGAUCAGAUGAGUGACAGCGGCAGCGACACAGAGCCCCUCGCAGAAUUGAGCGCCAGCAAUAGCGAUUCGUGGCAAGAUUCGUCAUCCGACUCUGACACCGACCAGAGAAGUGGCGACAGCGACGAUUCUGCACCCGAGCUCAGUGAUGUGCGCACUUGGUGCCCUAUUGAUUGCGGUAUGAAUAAGGUACCGCCGCCAAGAUUUCCGUUUACUGGAUCACCUGGGAUGAAGGUAGACGUUGAGCACAAUGAUCCUUUGGCGUACCUAAAAUUAUUUCUCACAGAUGACGUCAUUGAAAAGAUUGUCACGGAGACAAAUCGCUACAACGAGCAGCAAUCCGCUACUCUGCAUAGCAAGUUUUCCAGGAAUAGAAAAUGGGAACCGGUGACUAAAGAGGACAUCUGGAAGUUUCUGGGGCUAAUACUUCUUCAGGGGGUGGUGGGGAAACCCCUGCAGAAAUGGUACUGGACUACCAAUAAAUUGCUGGCAACCCCAUUUUUUGGCACCAUCAUGUCCGAGUACCGAUUUUCCCUCAUAAUGAAGAAUUUGCACUUCACCAACAACGAGGAAUUUGAUGAAGCCACACAUCCAGCGCCAAAACUCAAGAAGAUCUGGGAAGUAUACCAAAUGAUCCUAAAAAAUUUCCAGCAGGCCUAUGUGCCAGAUAGAGACAUCAGCAUUGAUGAAAGUCUGAUGGCUUACAAGGGACGCCUCAGCUGGAUUCAAUACAUCGCAUCCAAGAGAGCACGGUUUGAAAUAAAAUCCUAUAUGCUCUGCGAGUCUGCCACUGGCUAUAUAUGGAAUUCCGUCAUAUACACCGGGGUAUUGUGUGACAACGGACAACUUUUACACAUCGCCGAGCUGUACGAGUUUCUGCUAAAACACAAGACUGAUGGAUAUGGAACCGUUAGAGCCAACCGACGUGAUCUGCCAUCUAUGUUUGCCAAGAAAAAACUGAAAACAGGAGAAAUGGUUGCCUGGCAGAAAGGAAAGAUGAUGGCAAUGCGUUGGCGUGACAAAAAAGAUGUGUGCCUAAUGAGUACAGUGCAUAACACCUCCACUGCCAUGGUCCACACAAGAGGUGGGAAAUAUGUCAUGAAGCCACAACUUGUGAUUGACUACAACAACACCAUGGGAGGAGUCGAUAGAGCCGAUCAGGCGAUGACAUUUUAUCCGGCUAUGCGGAAACAACAAAAAAAAUAUUACAAAAAAAUCUUCAGGCAUCUCCUGGAACAAUACCUCUGGAAUGCCUAUAUACUGCACAGAGGAAAGAGUGACAAGCCUCUUGUUCAUUCUGACUUUAUCUGGAAGGUGGCGGAGCGGAUUUUUGUGAACUACCAAACGCCAUCAGUGGCCGUGAACAGAUCUGGACGUCGUGCUGUUGAUGUUGUCAACCCAGAACGCCUGACUGGUCGUCACUUUAUGGAUUACAUCCCGCCAACCGCAAAAAAGGCAGCACCUACAAGGAUGUGCGUAGUUUGCUGCUCAAAGCGAGAUGAAAAUGGAAAAAAAAAUCCGAAAGGAAACCAGGUUCCAUUGCCCUGA